UAGAGAAGGUCAUAUAUAAACACAUUUUCUUCGACGGUUUAGCUCUUCUCCGCCCAAAACAAGUCUCCAGAAGGAAGGGAGAAAGAAGCCAAAAUGGUCUCUCUGAAGAUCCAGAAGCGGCUCGCAGCCUCAGUGAUGAAGUGCGGAAAGGGCAAAGUAUGGCUCGAUCCUAACGAAAGCCAUGACAUCUCCAUGGCCAAUUCGCGUCAAAACAUCAGGAAGCUUGUGAAGGAUGGUUUCAUCAUCAGGAAGCCAACGAAGAUCCACUCACGCUCCAGAGCUCGCCGCAUGAAGAUUGCCAAGAUGAAGGGUCGUCACUCUGGUUACGGUAAGAGGAAGGGUACCAGGGAGGCAAGGCUGCCGACAAAGGUCCUGUGGAUGAGGAGGAUGAGAGUUCUGAGGCGUCUUCUCAAGAAGUACCGUGAGUCCAAGAAGAUUGACAAGCAUAUGUACCAUGACAUGUACAUGAAGGUCAAGGGAAACGUCUUCAAGAACAAGCGUGUUCUGAUGGAGAGUAUCCACAAAUCCAAGGCCGAGAAGGCUAGAGAGAAGACUCUGUCUGAUCAGUUUGAGGCUAAGAGGGCGAAGAACAAGGCUAGCAGAGAAAGGAAACAUGCUCGCAGAGAGGAACGACUUGCCAAGGGUCCUGGAGGAGAUAUACCUGCCGCUGCACCGACUGCGCGAACCGCAUAGGUCCUAGCGAAAAGGUCAAAGAAGUGAGGAGAACAAGCUUUUGGUCGAUAGUGAAUUUUUCUUCAGCAGUGAUUUUUGCAUUUUUUUCUGUGAUUCAUCUUUUUUGUCAAAACCUUUGCCAUUAGUUUUGUCAGUAAUUUUAUGUGUUUCAGGAUGUACUUGAAUCUCUUCUCUAAUCCUUGCUUUUUAAGUUUUUGCUUGGAAACUA